AUGUAUGACACUAUUCUACUUACUCUCAAAGUUUAUGCUGAUGAUGUUUUAGCAACUAUACUAGGUUCAAGCAAUGGUCAUAUUUCCUGGAACGGGAACUGGGCGUUUGGUUGUGAUUUUCCCGGUAACAACAUCACUUCGAUGAAGACGCGUGCCGAAGAUUGUAGUUCAAAAUGUACCUCUAUAGCUAAAUGUUCUCAUUUCGCCUGGCAUUCAACUGAAAGUGGAACAUGUUGGCUAAAGCAGGGAUUAAUUUCUAAGAAUCAAGCAAUUCCAACAUCUGAUCCGAAUAGAAUUUGUGGAAUACGUGAAAAUUCUAGAAGAAUCACUCCACCAAUUCCAGAGCCCAAAGGUAAUGUUUAA